AUUCAGGCUCCGUCCUGACGAGGCCGUGGCCUGUGACUCAGGGCCCCCCAGCCCCUCCCUUCCAACCCACCAGCGUCACCCCCCAGCCCCGAGCUGGACCGCACACCUUGGGACACGGUUUUCCACUUCCUAAGGACGAGUCCCAGACUGGAGGAGAGGUCCGAGGAGGUGGGCGUUGGACUCUUCGCGAGGACCCCGGCGGCGGGCCCCGGGGAGGCGGCCGAGGUGGCAGCGGCCGGGGGCGACAUGGCGGAGGAGCAGGACCUCUCCGAGGUGGAGCUGAGCCCCGUGGGCUCCGAGGAGCCCCGCUGCCUGUCCCCGGGGAACGCGCCUUCGCUGGGGCCCGACGGCGGGGGCGGCGGCGGAUCGGGCCUGCGAGCCAGCCCUGGGCCCGGAGAGCUGGGCAAGGUCAAGAAGGAACAGCAGGACGGCGAGGCGGACGAUGACAAGUUCCCCGUGUGCAUCCGCGAGGCCGUCAGCCAGGUGCUGAGCGGCUACGACUGGACGCUGGUGCCCAUGCCGGUGCGCGUCAACGGCGCCAGCAAGAGCAAGCCGCACGUCAAGCGGCCCAUGAACGCCUUCAUGGUGUGGGCGCAGGCGGCGCGCAGGAAGCUGGCCGACCAGUACCCGCACCUGCACAACGCCGAGCUCAGCAAGACGCUGGGCAAGCUCUGGAGGCUGCUGAACGAGAGUGACAAGCGUCCCUUCAUUGAGGAGGCUGAGCGGCUCCGGAUGCAGCACAAGAAGGACCACCCGGACUACAAGUACCAACCACGGAGGCGGAAGAAUGGGAAGGCGGCCCAGGGGGAGGCGGAGUGCCCGGGCGGGGAGGCCGAGCAGGGCGGCGCUGCCGCCAUCCAGGCCCACUACAAGAGUGCCCACCUGGACCACCGGCACCCGGGAGAGGGCUCCCCAAUGUCAGACGGGAACCCCGAGCACCCCUCAGGUCAGAGCCAUGGCCCACCCACUCCUCCAACCACCCCAAAGACAGAGCUGCAGUCGGGCAAGGCAGACCCCAAGCGGGAUGGGCGCUCCAUGGGGGAGGGCGGGAAGCCUCACAUCGACUUCGGCAACGUGGACAUCGGUGAGAUCAGCCACGAGGUAAUGUCCAACAUGGAGACCUUUGAUGUGGCUGAGUUGGACCAGUACCUGCCGCCCAAUGGGCACCCAGGCCAUGUGGGCAGCUACUCAGCAGCUGGCUAUGGGCUGGGCAGUGCCCUGGCUGUGGCUAGUGGACACUCUGCCUGGAUCUCGAAGCCGCCAGGCGUGGCUCUGCCCACGGUCUCGCCACCUGGGGUGGAUGCCAAAGCCCAGGUGAAGACGGAGACCGCGGGGCCCCAGGGGCCCCCGCACUACACCGACCAGCCAUCCACCUCGCAGAUCGCCUACACCUCCCUCAGUCUGCCCCACUAUGGCUCCGCCUUCCCCUCCAUCUCGCGCCCCCAGUUUGACUACUCUGACCAUCAGCCCUCAGGACCCUAUUACGGCCAUUCGGGCCAGGCCUCUGGCCUCUACUCGGCCUUCUCCUACAUGGGGCCCUCGCAGCGGCCCCUCUACACGGCCAUCUCUGACCCCAGCCCCUCAGGGCCCCAGUCCCACAGCCCCACACAUUGGGAGCAGCCAGUAUAUACGACGCUGUCUCGGCCUUAAAGGGGGCCCUGUCACCACAGCCCUGCCUGGCCUCUCUGGGUAGCACGUCCCUUCCCCCAGCCCUUGCGCCCUGUUUCUCGCCCAUCUCAGGCCUGGUGGUGGCUGUGGAAGAGGCUGGAGAGGCUGACAGCUGAGGGAAGGCUUUCUGUCUGGUUCACAGCCUUUGAUGAUCCCACCCCAUCCUAUCCAGGCUCCAACCCAGGCAAGGCCCUGGGCUACUAGGCUGGGCAGAGGAGAAGGAGGUUGAUCGUUGCCCCUAGACUGAAAGAUGAGGGGCUGCACCUUCCCCCCAGGAAUGACCCUCGAUCCCAGGACCUGAGAAGGACCCGCUCAUCCUCCUCUGGGAGGAGGGGAAAGCAUCUAGGGUUGGAUGGGAACCAGAGGCCUUGCCACUCCUGUGCCCGUGUCUGCUCUUGCAUGGAGAAUGAGGGGUCUGACAUAACCAUGCCACCUGUGCCACAUGCCUAAGAGCAAGGCCAACCAGAGACCUGCAUCAUUGCCUAGAGCAGACUACAUCUGCCCCUCGGGCUGAGGACAACUUUGAACACCCUCGGCGGGUAUAGGGCUGGGAUGGGGGCUCAGAGGGAGGUCUCAUCCCCUCAGUGCCCCUUCCCCUCCUGAACACAGGAAGGAAUUGGCACAGAGGUCUCCAGAUCCAAUUCUGUGCCAAUAGCCUCAUUCUUUGUCUUACUGAGAAAGACAGCCCCCUUCCUACUCCACUACAACCUCCCAGACCAUGAGGGGUAUCCCAGGAAGCGAGGAGGCAGGGGCUCCAGGAAAGGAUUCCCAGACAAUUCACGGAGCCUUCCUCCUGGGCUCCUCGCCAACUCCCUCUUCCCUCAUCAGGCUCUGUGGUCCCUGCUCUGUCAGCCCCAACUCCUUGGGCUUCCCAGAGAGUUAUAGCUGCUCAGGCCCAAACCCUCGGCUCCAGGAGGAGACGCAGGGCCCAGCCCCCAGGUUGCUGGCAGCAGGCUGAAGACACUAAACUCCUGACAUGUACAUUCUGCCCUGGCCUUUUGCCCUUUGCCUCCCAGUGGUAUUUGAAUAAAGUAUGUAGCUCUGUCUGCCCCUAUUUUCCUGUUCUGCAUCCCCCUCGAUCCACAUGUAAUGCAUUACUGCUCCCCUCUUAUUUAUCUCAGUAGCUUCCUCUCCCCUCUCCCCUCCCCUAGCUCCUCCAGCCCCUAUUAACUCUGCAUUAAGCAUUCCACAUAAUAAAAUUAAAGGUUCCAGUUA